UUUUUGUCGAUGCACACAGACUCGGGCGAAACGUUCUCCGUAUCAAUGGGGUUUGUAUCUAAUAACAGAUGAGUGUUGCGAAAUAACCACCUCUAAACUGCUGCUAAAACUCGUGUUUAAAGAGAGACAUUGUUAUAUUAAUUUUGCGCCACGAUGGUUGACUGGAGUCCUAUAGCGAAGGUGUACGACCCGCUGAAAGCUGGCAGCAUCGACGGCACAGACGUGGAGCCCCAUGACCGUGCGGUAUGGAGGGCUAUGACCGCCAGAUACAAGCCCAACAAAGGCGUUGUUGGAGACCCACUGCUUACGCUGUUUGUGUAUCGCCUGAACCCCCAGACGACGGAGGAAAAGCUGCAUCAAGUGUUCUCAAAGUACGGAGACAUCCAAAGGCUCCGGUUGGUUCGGGACAUCGUUACCGGUUUCUCCAAAGGAUACGCCUUCAUUGAGUACAAAGAGGAGCGGUCUGUUGUCCGGGCCCGCCGGGACGCCAACAAGCUGGUGGUAGACCAGAAUGAAGUGGUUGUGGAUUUUGAGCAAGAAAGGACCCUCAAGGGAUGGGUCCCCCGGCGGCUUGGGGGAGGGCAAGGAGGCAAGAAAGAGUCCGGACAGCUGCGGUUCGGUGGCAGGGACAGGCCUUUCCGUAAGCCCAUCCAUCUGGGGUUCGGUGCUAUGCAGGACCAGGGAGGCGGGGGAGGGAGGGAGUGGGACAGACAAGGGGAGAAAGACAGGGAGGACCGGGGGCGACACAGAGAGCCGGAGUGGGGCAGCAAAGGGAGGAGAGAUGACCGGGACAGAGGCAGAGAGAGGGACGACCGGAUCCAGAGGGACGACCGGAGCCAAAGGGACCGGAGUAGGCACCGGGACAGGAGAUGAAGGCCACAUUUAAAAAAAGAAAAAAGGCUGUGACAGAUGUUUAGAUCUAAAGCAGCUGCCUGUCUAGAAGAAUUGGAAGUGUGCAGUGAAGGAUCUGUUGGGUUGCACACCUGGGUCUGGUUACAAUACAGAGGACUUUCUGGAUGUAUCAUUGGUUUAGUCUGAAUGACAAUUAUACUGGUUGAUAUUCAACAGGUUGCAUUGUAUGUUAAUAUUAUUUUGAGGGGGAGCUGCCCUUUUCAGCUGUUACUCUUAAAUAUUUCAGUAUGUCCCAGGGACAUCUGACUGAGUAUUUGAUUUUAUCUUGGUGUAAUUGGAGCAGCACACUGGAAUAAUUAAACUUAUUUAAAGAAAUAGGAAUGUAAAUCCCAAUGAGUAUACAUUUUUGUUUUACAAUAUGUGAGGCCUAACAGUAUGACACAAACUUUAAAAGCAAAAAUCUGCAGCUGAGCUGACUGAGAAAAUGCAAACUUUUCUUAUACUUUUGCCAUUUACCUAAGACAUCCUAAGGGCAGUGUACCAAUUAUGUUUUUACCGAUGAAGAUUUUUGGAGAAUCAUAUUUUGUAAGCAUGAGCAUUGGUGCAAUACUGGCUAAACAACAUCAAAUAAACCAAAACAUUUUGAACACGA